ACUAUAUAGAGGUUGCCAUUCAGUACCUGUCUCCUGCCUGGCCACAGCAACUGGUUUGGCUCAUCAGGACAGGGGUAGAAGAUGCUGCUUCUCCUUCUUCUCACAAGUGCUUUUGUCCUUCUGCCCUGGGCUGGGGCUGGAAGGAUCAUUGGUGGGCGGGAAGCUAAGCGCCAUUCCAGACCCUACAUGGCUUAUUUAAUAAUUCAACAUGGCUCAGGGACUAGUACCUGUGGAGGGUUCCUGAUUCGCUCAGACGCAGUGCUCUCAGCAGCUCACUGCGCAGAUAAAAUCGGGAUAGUGAAGAUCACAGUGAUUCUGGGAGCCCACAACAUCAAUGACCGAGAACAGAGCCAGCAGAGGGUCCUUGCCAAAGACUGGGUCAUCCAUGAAAACUAUUCUCCUGUUGACUUCAAAAAUGACAUCAUGCUGGUGAAGCUGGACACAGAGGCCAAGAUCAAUAAGUACGUGCGACUUAUCUCCAUUCCCAGCCACAAGGAAAGUGUGAGAACAGGAGCUGCAUGUAAGGUGGCUGGCUGGGGCUUGAUAUCUGUGACAAGGAUGAAGACUGACGUGCUGAGGGAGGUGGAACUGAAGGUGCAAAACGAGGCAAUCUGUCAGCAUCAAUUCCAGAACUACCAGCAGCAGUCCAUGAUCUGUGUUGGUGAUGCCUCCAAUAAAAAAUUAGUUUACGAUGGGGAUUCUGGUGGCCCGUUAGUCUGCAAUCGGAAGGCUCAUGGCAUUGUUUCUCAUCGACACAAAUACUGCCUCUUCCCUGAGGUAUUUACCAGAAUCUCGUUUUUUGAACCCUGGAUACGCAAGCAGCUGAAGAGGUUUGCACUCCAAGAGGUGCCUGGCUCUCCAUCCUCUGACUGAAAUGCUCAGUGCCCCUUCUCCACAAGGCAUCAAACACCUCUUGGUGCUCAGAAACUCCCAGGGGCAGCUGAACCAGAGUCAGAGGAGCCCCCAUGGUGCAGGCAUGGGCUUUUGCACUCUGUGGCAAGGUAAAAAUGCAGGUCCCAAGUACACACAGCUUUCCCAUUGUUCCCUUUCUCGCACUGCUGCUCCAGCUCUGCUUUCUGGCCAUCAAUAAAAGCAUGUUCA